AUGAAUCCUUCUUGUGCGCUUUCAAAUCUUUCAUCAACUGUUGGGUUCUCCCGGGGAACUCGCCCUUGGGAUUCAGAAAUAUCUGUUUCUGCUUUUCAGGCACUACCUGUCCACCAUUUCACUCAUCCUAUCCAUCCUUUCCGCGUAAUCCAUCUUCGAGCCGCGGCCGAAAGAACUACCUUUCACAUCCAAACUCGGGGUCCUACCCCUGUCUUUCGCCUUAUCGCCCUUACGCUCCUUCCCUUGCCAAUGGAUCAGAAUCUUUUCCAACAACGUCCAGGACUCUAUCAUCCCAACCCCCCUACGACUGAGGAAUCGAACAUCAAGAGAUAG